GUGUAGUAGAAAUAGAAAUCCAGUUGGUCAGUGGCUGCCUUAAAGCAUACUUGUAUCGCUGUUGUCCUCUUUUGUUUAUACACCGAUCGUACUUACGAUUCGGUGAUCAUCAACACAGAUAAAAGUUUUCUUCCUUAUCUUAUUCUUCCGAAAAUGGCCCGAGCGUUUGUGAGCGCGUGAUAGUUGACUGUGCUGUGAUUUGAAUUUGUUCUGCUUGUUUUUUGUUUGUUUUUAUAUUGCUGAAUUAUGGAUAAUUUGUCAUGGUGAUUCUACCAUCGUGACAAUGCUAACAUUAUGGUUUACAUGCUUCGAUUGAUAACAGGUCUUCUCAUCCUAUGUGUAUUUGAAAUAGGAACAACAAAAAUCACAGAACCACCUCCCCAAAACUUAACAUCAACUCCGAAAAAUGAAAUUCCCACAAAAGAAUCUCUGUCAGUUGAGUUCAAUACCUUGAAACCGCAUAAACACAAAUCGUCAAUAACAGAUAAGGAUGUGGAGAACAUAGUAAAACCUUUCAAAUUCGCCGCCGAUAACAAAGAUAAUAUCACCACAGUCAAAUUAAAAAAAUCCGAACCAUACGCCAAUGUGAGAUUAUCGAACAAAGUGGUUAACAGGACCAAUGUUGGACGAUCAGUCGAUAUAGAUAUAGAUAAAUUCACGGCUCCAGUUGAUCACAAUGCUGUGUACACCUUACCAGACACCAAAGAAUUCGCAGACAAAGAUGAAUCUUUCAGUCCCUUUCACAGCACGAAGGGAGACAGCACCUUUGAGUUUUCAAGUGAAUUGACAACACCUAAAACUCCUUACUUCGAUAAAAAACACAAGGAAGUUGUAGAAAGUCUGAACAAAAAGCUUCAAGACAUUCCGAACUCCGAUUUCGAAAAUACAACAUUCUCAAAAAAUUAUAGUUCUGAUAAUUUCAUCGAUGGGCCAGAGGACAACGCAGACAAAACUAAAUUAGAAUAUAGAAGUUUAGAGAUAGAGAAGAGCAAAAGUAACCCAACCGAAAACGUGAAAGAAACGAGAACUUCGAUUCGAUUCGAAAACAAAUAUAACAUCUCAACAUCGUAUGAAACUAGUACACCUAACGAAGAAAGCAAUGAGUUGCACAAGGAUAGGGUGAAACAUUUACUGAACGACGAUACUGUUAACGAAGUUAAACAUAUCCCCUCAAUUGGUGGGUCGAUUAAAAAACAAGAAUUGCAUGUUACUACACUGAGGUACAGUAUCACGAAACCUGUCACCGAAAAGAGUGAUUCAGCAAUAAUCAGCAAUAAAAUAGAAGGGGAAUCUACAACCACCCCAUUAUCUACCCUUCCACUAUUCAGUAAUAAACCAAACAAUUCCAGAAGGGGUUCGAUCAAAUUUGCCGAUUACAACAAACUGAAUUCAACUUUAGUUUCGUCACCCCCUGCAAAUAAACCUACAGAACAAACUGUCGAGGAAAACCAAGUUGUGCCCGUUCAUGUCACAGCUCCAAAUAAAGAAACAUUAACCAAUCAUGUAAGUGCUACUACACCUCGUAAAAUCGAAUCUGAAAGUAUAACAACUGUUAAAUUCGAAUCUGUUUUACUGAAGAAUAAUACAGUGGAACCGACUGAUCACCAGAGCACGACUGUGUACAUAUUCGUGCAACCAGAAGAAUUGAAAGAUUUAACGACCAUACGAAAUGAAAUUAAUGAAGUCCAAAGAGCAACUGUUGCUUCCACUCCUAAUGAAGUUCAAAAAGCAACUGUUGCCUCCACUCCUAGAGCAUUUCAAAAGUUACCUACAACUGAAGCAGCGUUCCCUGAAACUACUGUUUCACAAAUUCCAAAGAAACAAUAUGAGGAAAUCAGUACUGUAUCAGAUUUCGAUGAACGAACUACAGCUGUAACAUCAAUUCCUAGAGGAUUUAGCUUACCGACCACUGAUCAUAACAAACCAAUGAGGGAACAAACAACAGAGAAAGUAAAAGAAAUUACUACCCCAAUACCCUUUACAAAUAAGGAGGAAACAAUUAAAGAAAACUACAAUAUAUAUAGCACCGAAUCACCAGUGAUAUCUACCACUGAAACUAAAACCACAACAGAUGCUGUAACUUCGACAAUAAGUAAUGAAGCUGAAAUAAAAACUACAUUCGCUCCUAUUGAAACAACAACAAUUAUGUCUGAAAGCACAAGUCCUUCACUUGAAACUACAACAGAAUUACAACAAACAACAACAAUUCUGCCUGAAAGUACAACAAAACUUCCACAACAAACAACAACAAAUUUGCCUGAAACUACAACAUUAGUUCCACAACAAACAACAGUUAUUGAACUGAGAUCUUCAAAGAAUAUAAAAUUUGUUGAGACAACUGAAGCUUUUACAACCCAAGAAACUACAACGGACAUGUUUGAAACUACAACGUUCAAAACAGAUGUUUCUUCGGAAACUACUACAAUUGUUGAUGAAAUUUCUACACAAACCAAUGAGGGAGUAACAACUGAAGGUCCAACAACUCUUCCAACAACAACGAACGAAAUAUCUUCCGUUGAGGAAACUUCUGAUUUUGUUACCAAAGUUGUAUUUGAUAGCACACCUACGAAAAAUUUGUUAGAAAAUGCAACAGCCGAAGAGAAACCUACAGAAGAAUCAAAAACUACACCAACAACAUCCUUCAACUUCGUCCAUAUCAAAAAUAUUGAUAAGAAUCAUACAACCUUGACGCCAGACGAGUUGAAACCAAAUGAGAUAUAUGCAACGCCCGCGUCUUCAGAACCUAUUGACAAUUUGACAACUACUACAGAAACUUCUUCGGAUGAAACUACAUCUUCCGGUUUGGAUGGACCAACCAGCAGCAGUGGUACUGUAGUGGCCAUUAUUAUCUCCUGCGUUGGGGGAAUAUGUUUAAUAGCAUUAGCAUUUCUACUGAUUGUUAUGAGAAACCGACAAAACAGCUUCAGUUAUGGACAGAGAUGCAGACCUGUUUCUUUGGACGAUUACAGUGUUGAUAACGUAUCCGUCUUCAACAGUGUUAGAAGAAAGACAAUUAACAGAGGAUCUAAAAAGUCUUAUGGAAAUCCGGCAUUUGAAGAUCCAGUCUGUCUCAGUCACCCUUUGAACUUCCCAGCUAUAUCCAAAUUCGCUAACAACCAAGAAGAUGUGAUCGCUGAAUUCCAUGAUAUCCCACAAAUAGUUGCUAGAACUUCAGAAUUGCAGGAAGGUUGUGAAACAAAGAACAGAUACGCAAAUGUUAUACCCCUUCCCGAAAGCAGAGUGUUCCUGAAUCAUAUAGAAGGCUAUCCCAAUAGCGACUAUAUCAAUGCAAAUUUCGUAACGGGACCUAAAAACAUUAGGAAGUAUUACAUCGCAUGCCAAGCUCCAAUGUCGAAUACAGUAGAUGAUUUUUGGCGUAUGAUUUGGGAACAACAAAGCAAAGUGAUUCUGAUGCUGACCCAUUUGUAUGAGAAUGGAAUUGAAAAAUGUUUCGAUUACUUGCCACCCUCGGAAGUGCUUGACUGUCAUAGACUGUUUGGUGACUAUCAAGUCACUCUGAAGAAACGGGAGGUUAAGGAAAAAUAUAUCAUAUCUAGUAUACAACUGAAGAAUAUGGUUUCUAACAGUUGGAGGGAGGUUACCCACUUCUGGUACAUGGGAUGGCCGGAAAAAGGAGUACCAACUGAGGCAAACUCCAUCAUAGCUUUCCUCAUUGAGGCCAGAAGUUUCAUGAAGACUGUAACAAUUGAUAAAAAACUCAUCAGGAAUGGAGAUAUGAACGGGACUGCUGAGGUGAACCCUGUGGUGGUCCACUGUAGUCCUGGUACAGGAAGAACUGGUGCUGUAAUAACUUGUGAUAUCGCUAUAAGAGAAUUCGAACAAACACGUCAAGUAGACAUUCCGAAGAUAGUUUAUAAGAUCAGGAGAGAUAGGGCUGGCGCUGUACAAACUAAGGAACAAUAUGCGUUUAUUUAUAAGGUGAUUGACUUGUAUGCAACUAAACUAGCUGGUGGUAAUCUGGAGUCCAUCUAGGAAGGAUUUCAAGAAGACCACACGUCAUGGAAUUUUUGUGAUAUUAGUUUCCUCAGAUGUUGCGCCCGUCUGUGUAACAUCAGGAAAAUGAAAACUAAGAAUUGACUUUAUGACCAAAAAAGAACAAAAAGUAUUAUGGAAUAUAUCUGCAAUAAUCAUAUCAAUCCUUUGAUUUCAAUUCGAUUAGAUAGAAUAGGACUAUUUUAUAUCUUUCUCAUCUUAUGUUACCUUAUAUGUCAGCGAAAUUUGUAAUUUGUAUAUAGUUGUAAAAGUUUUUUUUCUGUAUAUAUAGAUGUUUCCUUGAAAAGUUUUUAUGGAGAAUUAUCAGUUGUGUAUUAUAUUUUAUUUCAGAGGUCUCAUUUCAUCGUUGUCUGUUUUUAUUCGGUGAAUAAAAUUAUGUUGAAUCAAUGAAUGAAUAAAUAUUUUGAGUAACAAAGA